GUGACCAGUGCUUCUGAGUCCCUGAGGCAACCACCACCACUACCACCACUACCACCAACACCACCACCACCACUGCUACAAUAUGAUGUCCCAGAUUCGCCCUCUGUCUCUCCUCGCCUUAUGGGUCUCAGUCUUGGCCGCCGCUGUCCUCAUGCAGGCCUCCACCAGCAGCGGCGCGGGGCUGGAAGACAGGGCCUACAGGUUCAGGCUAUGGCCGGGCACACAGAGGGAGUUUGAGCAUUAUGAGUGUGGCGCGGAGUUCAACAAGGUGACGCGCAAGCACUAUGACGAGUUGAGCAGAGUGUGUGAGGACUGCAAGAAUAUAUACCGUAGUGAAUCCUUCGUGCGCCAGCGAUGCAUGAGCAACUGUUUCGACAAUGAAAUCUUCUCCUACUGCACCGACAUUCUGUUGCACCCCAUUGAGAAGAUCAAGGACUAUGAAGAGAUGAAGAUGCAAAUUAAGGCAUGAGAGUAACGCCAAUGUCUUUGUCUAGGCGGCUGUGGUGAGGCGGCGCGAGGGUCUGGGAGCACUACGGGACUAAAGUAUUAUUAUUAUUAUUAUUAUUAUUAUUAUUAUUAUUAUUAUUAUUAUUAUUACUAUUUUUUAUUAUAUGGGUUUGCUAGAUUUGUUUAUUUAUUUACUUUUUUUUUUGCUAGAUGCCCAAAGCAGUACGCUACUAAAGUAUUAUUACUCAUUUAUUUAUUUAUUUAUUCUUAAGCCUGGCGUGGAAGCAUUACGCGUCUAAAUUAUUAUUAUUAUUAUUACUGUUAUAUUUUAGUCAGAAGAGGAGCAGUACAUGACUAAACUAUUAUUAUUAUCAUUAUCAUUUUUGCAUUAUUUUUUUCUUUUCAAUAUUGCAAUCUCUCCCUCAAUAUUUAAACUUAAUAAAAUAUUAGAAUGCAUCUGAGUCAAUUACAAGUUUAAUUAUUUCGCUUUGACGUGGAAAGAAAGCAAAGAAAUAUACAUUUUUAAUUAUUAUUGUUGUUGUUUCUAUGUGCGCAGUUUAAACAACAAUAAUGAUAAUGAUAAAAUAGAAGCUUUUUUUACUACUAUUUUCUUCUUUUUCUUUUGUUUGUCUUGUAUUUCCUUUUGUCUCUUCUCUUCUCUGUUUCGCUCUCUUUUCGUUUUGAAUCUUUCUCUUCUUCAUCUCACCUUUACUUAUUUCUGUUCGUCUUUUUUUUCCUCUCUCUCUCUCUCUCUCUCUCUCUCUCUCUCUCUCUCUCUCUCUCUCUCUCUCUCUCUCUCUCUCUC